UGCCUUCUUCCUAGGUCUUCCUAGGCCCCCACUGCACUGUCCAGGCUGACCAAGGACAGCUUUGGAGCUUGUUGGCUCAAUGUCACAUAAGUAAAGCCCCAGGGCUCCCUGUCGUAGGAGGGGAUGGGAAGAGUCUGCUCUUUCAGUCAUCCUCACUGCCCUGCUCAUUCAGUGCCAGGCAUAAACUAAGCAACUGUUGUCCCCUAGGUCUUAGGGGUGACAGGUAUGUGCAGAACGGGGACCCCUGGGUCUCACCUCCACCAGAUGGUGCUGCUGAGCCUCAUCCUAAGUCAGCGGCAGGAACCAGCCAAAGCAAGGCCCUUUGGAAGAAAACUGGUCUCCCCAGCUGCAGGGCAGGGUGGUGGGGGUGCGGGGAAGCCGAGGCCCUCCUGGCUCUGUCUGCUGCGCUGCCGCUGCCAUGUAAUCCAAAGCCCUCUCAUUUGUCCACAGUCAGACUGCGAGGAAGAGGAGCUGUUCAUCUUCCAGCGAGAUCAAACCACCCUGAUUCCAGACUUGUCAGAGGAACUGGCUGAAGACUGUGCUGGGCCCUGGGUCACUCCCUCUGGGUUUCCUCCUGAGCCAGCGGUGCACGUGGAGCCCACCCCAGAACCUUGGAGGGACUAUAGCCCGAGGCUCCGGGAGUCGGCCUCCCUGGAAGGAAGGGCCCCCGGGGGACCUCUGCAGAGCUGUGGCCAGAGCAGCUCCCACCUCAGGAUGCCCGUGGAGGCCGCCGCGUGGCAGGAAGACGAGGGGGGCAAGUCCUUCAACACCAGCGCAUCCCAGAGUGGCAGCCAGGGGCCACAGGGUCAGGCCACCCUCCCCCCUGGGGAAGCAGCCCUGCAGACAGAGGGCCCGGGCGCUGCCUCAGGGGCCCCGGCAGGCUCCGACUCCACGAACCACAGGAGCCUCCGGAGGGAGAGAAGGAAGAUGAUCGAGAGGGACAUACUCCACAAGGUCACCAGGAGCGCCCGGCACCCGGCCUGCCAGGACCCAAGUCCAGUGGAGGAAACGCCCCGUGACACUGCAGAAAAGCCACCAGAGGGGCCCCAGCGGGGACUGCCCAUGCGCUCCCUCCAGCAACUUGAAGAGUGGGAUUUGGAUCAAGUCCUUCAGAGUCUGACGGGGCGAGAAGAUGACCAGGGAGAUGGCACUCCUGGAGCCACAUGCUGGGCAGCUGACCACCUCGAGGGCCAAGGUCUGACUUUGAACCCAGACCACGCGGAGCCGAGCACACAGGACAGGCUCAUGGAACGGCUCGUCCUCCUGUGUGCCAGGCAGUCCAGAGCUUCUCCUUCUGCCCGGAGGGCACCUGCUGACACGCCCCAGGACAAGCAGCAGGAGGCUGGAAGCAGGAGAACCCCUUCACGGUCCACAUGGCCUCCCUGGAGGAGAACCCUGCCUGUCUGGCUCCAGCUAGGCCAGCUGCGGUGCAUUUCCAGGGAGCUGGGCUUCCAGACGCUGGCCGAGAACAUGCGGCUGAGGGGGCCAGCCGAGCCCCCCAGCAUCUUCAUUGACCUGCGGCCAACGAAGCCAUCAGACCAGGGGUCACUGGACAGCUCCAGCUCCAGCUCCUCCAACAGCGAGGAGGAGGAAGAGGAGGAGGCGGCAGCUCAGAGAGACCCGAAGGGCCCAAUGCGGCUCAGGGACUGCACGGGCAAGAGUCAGCUUCUCCAGCAGCUCAGGGCAUUUCAGAAGGCCACGGCUGAGCCCCAACUGCCGGCCGGCAAGGAUCCCAGCAACCAGAAGGCUCAGGGCCCUGGAGACACAGCCGGAUCCAGCCCUGUGGAGAAGCAACACUGCACCCUCUGGGCCGAGAGGCAGAGCACCCAGGCCAGACACCCAGAAGGAAGUCUCGGGGCCCUGGGGGACCCUCUUGGGGCAGGGCCAGCCAGGGAGGAUCUGGUACCCGCUCUGGGCCAACUGUAGAUGCCUCUGCUAAUGGGUCUGAGGAGGUGAGUGAAUGGCCUGACUUUCCAUCCACACUCGAGGCCCUGGGGUCCCCUGCUCUCGCACCUCCAUCUGCAUGUGCCCCUGCAGCACAGGGACCCUCCUGCAGUGGCCCUGCCACCAGACCCGUUAGAACGCAGUCAGACAUCUUCAGGCACUGAGAGCAAAGACGCCAGUACCAACUGCACGGAGCAUGACAGCUCAAGCGGCCCCAGGCCUCUGAAAAGAGACCAGAAGGAAACACCAUUCCUUUUUAAAACUAAAAAACUUACCUCAAGGUUGAAAAGGUCUUGAAGAACUUAGCUUGAUCUUCUGGGUCCUGGUCCUGGAUGUUUACUGCCUUGUGUUCCUCAACAAACACAACACACACACACACGGACCGAGGGACUUUUUGAUAAAAAGGUAGAUGGAAA